GUUUGUCGUGAAUCUCACUUACAACACAACAAUUAUCGUUUUGAUUUUUAUUUGUGAUCUUUAGAUUUUGAUGAAGAUUUCAUUAUAUCACCUAAAGAAAAUGAAGUGAACAAUGAUAGAGAAAAUUAGUUGAUGUGAUUUGAUAUUAAUAUAUUUUUAUUAUUAACAAUCUAUUUCAAUUUUAUAUUUCACUUUUGGUUUAUUUUAGAUUAUAAUUUUAUUAUUCACAUUAGACAUUUAAAUAAUUAAGGAUUUUAAGUUGAUUUUUUUAUUAUAUGUCAUAACUCCUAACUUGUUACCAAAAAUUGUUAAAUUAUCUAAAUUACUUUUUUGAUAUUUUGUAUGUGAAAUAAAAAAACUUAAUUUAAGUAUUUUCUAUAUAUUUUUAAACCAUAAAUUUUAUUUUAUUUUUCAAUAGUUAAUAUAUUAUUAUAUAAUAAAUUAAUUUAUUUAUUAAAUUAUGGUUCACCUGCGGUUGACCUAAUAAUUCGGUGACCCCAUAAAUUGUCUCGUUAAAUGUCUGAAUCAGACAGACCCCUUUGAAACAUUAGUACUGACUGACUGCAAAAGCGAACCAACCGGCCCGGUCCAUGUUUGGAACAGAGCACUUAAAUGGAUGUUUGACCUGUUUGCUAAUAUUUUCUGACUUUAUACGAAUGAUGCGAAGCUUCUCUUAGACCAUGAUUAACGUUGAAACUCAAAUGGAUUUUUUAAUAUUGUUUUUUUUAUUUAUUUUUUAUCUGAAUUAAAAAAAAAACUAACUAAUUGCGGACCGGCACGUGUCAGUUGAGUCUGCGAAUAGUGCAAAAAACCAGCGAACAGCGAUCCUUAUUCUGACCUUUCUACCACCGGUUUUUUCUUUCCCGUGGGCCCUUCCCCCUUAAUAAACCCACUAAAACUCCACUAAAAACCCCGAUAAUCCUGGCCUUAAUACGUAUAAGAGCUCUUAUCAACAUAUACACCAUAUUAUUUAAUAUUUAAAUUAAAAAUCUAAUUUUUUCAAAUAAAUAUGUUCAAAAUGAAUAUGAAAUGUCUUCAAUCAUUUAGAUAUAUUCACAUAAAUUUACAAGAAAAAUGAAAAGUCAUAAUAUAUUUGAUAUACAUGAAUUAGUAGAAAUAUAAAGUUAUUUGUUAUUUUAUAUCGGAAAAUAAAUGUUAUUUCAACAUAUUUUAGUAAUAGAAAUUUAAAAUUUAAUUAUAAUAUAUUUGAGACUUUUAUAUUGUCAAAAUUAUUAUUUCUUAUUUGAAAGAGCAAGUCGGUGAAUGGAUAUUACUUGAUCUGAAAUCGUUAUACGCAAUAUUAUGGUAGUUGUUUAAAUUAAUUAUAAAUCAAUCAUAUAUAUAAUAGAACUAAUGUAAAAAAUCUUGUUCAAAAUGUAAUAAAAAUAAAUAAAACAGUCACCAAUUAUACUCUAAAAACUAAAAGAAACAUUUGUUUAAUUUUUUAAUAAAUUUGGAUGAUAUAGUUUAUUACUUUAUUUGAUAAAAGUUUUGAUAAGUAUGUAUAUUUUUAAAUAGUAACGAUAUAUAUUAAACUAGUAUGUUAUCUAGCUAUUUUUAGAAAACAAAAUUUACAUUGUUUUGCUUUUGCAUUUCUGAAUCAAUAGAUUUAAAAGAAAAAUUUGGAUGAUAUACUUUCUUUGAUAAAAUUUUUAAUAAGUAUGUAUAUUUUUAAAUAGUAGUGAUCUAUAUUAAAUUGGUAUGUUAUCUAGCUAAUUUUAGAAGAAAAAAAUUCAUCGUUUCACUUUCGCAUUUCUAAGUCAAUAAAAAAUUUGGAUGAUAUAGUUUAUUUGAUAAAAGUUUUGAUAAGUACAAAUAUUUUUAAAUAGUAAUGAUCUAUAUUAAAUUGGUAUGUUAUCUAGCUAAUUUUAGAAAACAAAAUUUGCAUAGUUUCUUUGAUUAAAAUUUUGAUAAGUACGUAUAUUUUCAAAUAGUAAUAAUCUAUAUUAAAUUGGUAUGUUAUCUAACUAAUUUUAGAAAACAAAAUUUACAUCGUUUUGACUUUCGCAUUUCUAAGUCAAUAAAAUUUUUGGAUGAUAUAGUUUAUUUGAUAAAAGUUUUGAUAAGUACAUAUAUUUUUAAAUAGUAAUGAUCUAUAUUAAAUUGGUAUGUUAUCUAGCUAAUUUUAGAAAACAAAAUUUACAUAUAUUCUCUUUCGCAUUUCUAAAUCAAUAGAUUUAAAAGAAAAUUUUGGAUGAUAUAGUUUUUUUGAUUAAAGUUUUGAUAAGUACGUAUAUUUUUAAAUAGUAUUGAUCUAUAUUAAAUUGAUAUGUUAUCUAACUAAUUUUAGAAAACAAAAUUUACAUCGUUUUGACUUUCGCAUUUCUAAGUUAAUAAAAAAUUUGGAUGAUAUAGUUUAUUUGAUAAGAGUUUUGAUAAGUACGUAUAUUUUUAAAUAGUAACGAUCUAUAUUAAAUUGGUAUGAUAUCUAGCUAAUUUUAGAAAACAAAAUUUGCAUAUAUUCUCUUUCGCAUUUUUUUGGCAUUUCUAAAUCAAUAGAUUUAAAAGAAAAAUUUGGAUGAUAUAGUUUCUUUGAUUAAAGUUUUGAUAAGUACGUAUAUUUUUAAAUAGUAAUGAUCUAUAUUAAAUUGGUAUGUUAUCUAGCUAGAUUUAGAAAACAAAAUUUAAAUUGUUUUGACUUUCGCAUUUCUAAGUCAAUAAAAAUUUGGAUGAUAUAGUUUAUUUCAUAAAAGUUUUGAUAAGUACGUAUAUUUUAAAAUAAUAAUGAUUUAUAUUAAAUUGGUAUGUUAUCUAGUUAAUUUUGAAAAAAAUAAAAUGUAUAUUGAUUCGCUUUCGCAUUUCUAAAUCAAUACAUUUUUUAAAAAAAUAGUAGUGUAUUCAAAACAAAGUUCUAGUCAAUUUUAACCAAGAUUGAGCGAGUUAAACAUCUAUCCCUUACCAAUCUAUGAGAGAAUAAAUACUCAAAAAAUUCUAUUGAAUUUUGACCAUAAUUCUGAAUAAUUUUAUUUUACUUACUUUUAUAAUAAAAAUAAUUCCAUUAAUUAUUAUUUUUAUUAAUUAUACAAACAUGUUAUUUCUAAUAAAAAUAAUAAAAAUAUUUUAAAUGAAAGUAAACUAAAUAUUUUCACAUAUAUUAAAAAUUAAGACAUUUUUCUAUUGCUAUUUCACCCGCGGGUUUAACCAUAGUGAAUAUAAAAAAUAAUAAAAAAAGGAAACAAGAAAAGAUUUUUAGAAAGCCAAAGAAUAUAUUUGGUUCAUGAGAAGACUCUUCACAAAGAAAAUGAGGAUAUAUAUUCACCAUUUCACUAUAUAAAUUCUUAUAUUUUCAUCUCUUAUACCACCCAAAGUGAACUCAUAUCCGCUUGUUGUCUAAACCAAAAGAAGAAAAGUAAUCAAUGGAUUCUUCAUCCACAAUAUCCACCACGAGAGAAGAGUUCAAUACUUUUCACUUGUAUAACAGAGCACUUUUCUCUCGUCUUGUCAUAACUCUAAGACGUGACAUUCGCCAGUCUUAUCAAGUUAUGAGCUUUCUCCUCUAUCUCGAGACGAUUGCUCCUUUCCUGAGAAAUUUGAUAGCGGAUUUUGCCUCUUUACCGGACGCUGUCGUCAACAUGGUAGCUGACGAAGUCGUGACGUGCAUGAGGUGCUUGUCCUUCGACGAUUUUCCAGCAUUCGUGACCCACUUGAGGAGAAGCAUCCUCUCCCCAGAGAUACCUUACAUCACGGGUGUCACAAGAGGGUACUUAACUCUCAUAUUCGUCCACAACAACCGUGAAAACAUUUUCUUUGAGAUGAAGAAGCAUCUGACGCGUGUAUGUGUCCGAGCUUUUGAGGAUAUAUGGGUGCGUGCUGAGAUGUACAACAGGGAGAUUGAAAAUAGGGAAAAGGCGAUGGCGGAGAUGAGCCAGCUGGGAUUUAGCAGUGCUGUUCAAAAUGGUGGAUCAAGAACUCGCCGGUUCUCAAGUCGUCGUGCAAACGCAGAUAAUAGGACUAUCUUCCUCACAUUUUCUAGAGGAUACCCAAUUGCCAAAGCAGAAGUGUAUGCCUACUUCACCAGGUACUUCAUCUAUUAUAUAAGCCAAUGCAUGCAUGCAAGGCCAAGGCAGUGCCAUUUUUUUCUAAAUAACAGUGUAACACAUUUAUCUAUUAUAUUAUCUAUACUAUUAUUUGAGAAUUGAAUUUGAUUAUUUGUCAUGUUUUUCAUGAUUCUAGGUUGAAUCAU